AUGGGAACUGGAUGCACAAGUAUGAACUAUAAGCGCAUGGUUGACAUUUCAAGCAAAAACCCUCAGUCCACCAACGUAGCCAGCUCUAUAAUCACAAGGAAAAAAUCAAACCCGAACUCUCAAGAAGAAUUUCGAAAAUCCCGAACAUUAUCUCUCACAAAGAAACGUAGCCUUGCAAAAGAAAAGGACAUGUCCAAUUAUGUUGAAGCUUCUGCAGCUGAAAUUGAGCCAUAUGCUACCAAAACUUCAGAAGAUAAAGACAUGAUUUUGACUGCAUUGAAUAGUCACUUUAUUUUUACAAGCUUAACUGAAGAAGACAAAGAACAGGUUGCAGAAUCAAUGCAGCUUUAUUUAUUUGAAGCUGGAGCCAUUGUGUUUGAACAAGAUAUGACAGCGAAAUCAUAUUAUGUGCUCAGAACGGGGUUGUUGGAGGUAUAUGUGAAUGGAAAAUCGGUCAAUAAAAUUAAGCCUGGGGAAGGGUUUGGAGAAUUGGCACUAUUGCAUGAUAACCCGAGAAGUGCAACGGUAAAAUGGGGUAAUAAAAAAAAAAUUAAUUAAAAAAUAGUUUUAUCUAAAAAUAAGGUAAAAAAUUUCCCAAAAAAAAUGUGCAGCUCCUUCAGGUCUUUGAGGAGUCGAGCGUCAGACCUUCCGAAAAGUCAUCGAAGAAAUGAACACCCAAAUCUACGAACAAAACCGAGAAUUUAUAGAAAAAGUCACCUUGCUGCAGCCUCUAAACCCUCGUCAAAAAGACUCACUUGCUGCCUCUCUUGUUAUUUAUAAAUACUACAGCGGUCAAAAAAUCAUAACAGAAGGAGAAACAGGCCAGCAAUUAUUUAUCAUAAAAGAAGGGACUGUAAGUGUCCAAAGAGGAACCCAAGAAAUAGCAAGACUCCACACAGGUGGGUAUUUUGGAGAAAUGGCUCUGCUUAAUAAUGCUCCUAGGUCAGCUACUUGUGUAGCUGUUGAUGGGCCUGUUAAAUGUUUAGUCCUAAGCAGAGAAACACUACAAAAAAACUUGUCAAAUCAGCUGCAAGAUAUCAUUGAGAAAAACACAAUUAUGGAAGCAAUAAAUAAAUCAGAAACUUUAUCAUUGUUAAAUAAGCACCAAAAAGAAUUGAUUUGUAAAGACAUCGAUCAUAGGAAUUAUAAAGGAGGAGAUGUAGUGAUACCACAAAACACGCUAUGCAAGCUAAAAUUAUAUAUAAUUAUAUCAGGAAGACUGCAAUAUGCAAGGACUUCUCACACCUUUGCUGACAAAGGAACCUGUGUUGGUGACCAAUACAUAACCAAAGCCAACCCAGAAGAUGUAAAAUACGAAGACGACAUGAUCUCCGCAAGUGAUAUGAAGGUCGGAGAACUGACCAAAUACAAAUUUGAGGUCAGCAUCGGCGGAAAAUAUGAAGACGUCGUCAAAGAAAACGCUGCCACCAAUAUUUUACGCAAGGUUUUUCUGUUUAAAACCCUUGACAGCUCACAAAUGAAAGAACUUUUUAGCAUCAUAAACACUGAAAAAUUUUCUGAUGGAGAAAUAAUUUUGAGGGAAAAAAGCCAAAGUCAGCAUGUUUUUAUUGUAAAAAGAGGAAAAGUGGAUAUUUGUAAAGGAGAUACUGUGAUAAGGACUGUGACUAAGCAUGAUUAUUUUGGGGAACGAGGGAUUUUGUUUGAAAGCGCUGCAAGUGCGACUUGUAGGGCUAAUGGAAGUGUGACGCUAUGGGUUAUAAACAAUAAUGAUUUUAUCAAUAUUCUUAACGAAAAUAUGAGAAAGCAGCUGCUUCAUAGAAUAAACAUGUGAGACGAGAGGUCUGAGCUAGAGGAUCUGGCUAUUGUAAGACCUAUCGGUAAAGGGAUGUUUUCUAGCAUUCCCUUCUUUUUAAGAAUGAGGUUAUUUUUUUGAGUUUUUUCCAAAAAUCCUAAUUGGAAUUAUUAAAAAAAAUCAAUUUAGAAUUCAAGCUAUCUAAAUUUCAAAAUUAUUAUAAGAUUUAAUUAUGAAGAUUACUACAAUAUUAUACAAAGCAUUUAUAUUAAUUAAUUUUCUAGUCUUUUUUUUAUAACUCCCCCCCCCUCCGUGAGUGAACAAAACCAUUAGAAAAAUCGCUAUUUUUUGCCCAAAAACCCACCCUCCGUGAGUGAACAAUUUUUUUAAUACAAAAAUUUUGAUAUAUAAAUGAUAAUUAGUAUAAUGAAAUCUAGAGCUAAUUCUGUGUAAUUUUAAACAAAUUGCUUUUUAAAACAUAAAUUUUAUAAAUAAAUUAAUAUUUGCUUUUCAAUUUUUGCGAAUUAGGAUUUUUUGAAAUUUCGAAAGACAAUAUGUUUUAUAAAAUUUUUAUAUAUAAAUUUUUUUAAAAACAAAAAUUAACCCCCCUCCGUGAGCGAACAAAAUUUUUUUGUUCACUCACGGAGGGGGGGGGGAGUAAAGAAUUAAUUAAACUUAAAGGAGGAUUAAGGUAUAUUUGGUCCACCCUAGAGACUCAAAAACUUUAUACGCUCUAAAAGUGGUAGAAAGAAAGAUAAUUGAGAAAUUUGCAAUACAAGAGCAGCUAUUGGUACUAAUUAUAUAGCUUGAAAAACACAUUAUAAGUUUAAUUGACCACCCUUUUGUUGUAAAACUUAUCAGGACUUACAAAGACUACAAAAGGAUUUAUUUUCUGCUGGAAUAUGUGAAGGGAAUGCAAUUAAACGACAUUUUAAUGAGAAUUGGCCUUUUGAGCAACAGCGAUACACAGUUUUACAUUGGGUCUUUGAUCUUAAUAAUCCAGUACCUCCAUGAGCGAGAUAUCAUAUAUAGAGACCUUAAACCUGAAAAUAUUAUGAUAGGCGACAAUGGAUUUAUAAAAUUAAUUGAUUUUGGCACUGCAAAAAUAGUCCCAUCCCGUACCUAUAGCCCGUUCCCGGCUAUAGAUCGGGCUAUGCCCGAUUUUAGCCGAAAACUCGGGGGUUGUCUUCAUCACUUUCAACUCCCCGAGUUGGCAAAUAGCCGCUAUUAAGUGAUUUGCCAACUCGGGGAGUUGACUCGUCACCUGAAAGUGACGAAGACAACCCCCCGAGUUUCCCGGCAAAGAUCGGGCAUAGCCCGAUCUCUAGCCGGGAACGGGCUAUACACCCUUGUAGGAACACCUCAAUAUAUGGCACCAGAGGUAAUAGUUGGGAAAGGCUAUAAUAAAAAUGCUGAUCUCUGAAGCUUAGGUGUCUGUAUGUAUGAGUGCUUAUGUGGGAGGAUUCCUUUUGGAAACGAAGAGCCUGACUGCUAUAAAGUAUAUGAAGAAAUAUUAGAAAAAGAGCUGGAAUGGCCUGACGAUAUAGAUCCAAUUAAUGAGGCUGCUAAAGCACUGAUAGAACAACUUCUAAGCCGAUAUGCAGAAUCAAGGGCUGGCGGCUCUAUUGAUAACUUAAAAAAGCACGAAUGGUUCACAGGCUAUGACUGACUCUCCACUAAAUUGUAAACAAAAAUUCUUUCAAUUUAAAUUUUUAAUAUAAUAUUUCAUAAUAUAAAUUGAAUGGAAUAUUUUAAAAAAUUAAUUCAUUAUUAUAAAAAGAUUUAGCACAAAAAAUUAAACUAUUUUAUGUACUUAUUGUUUAAAUAACACUCUAGUUUGCACAUCCUCAAUUAAAUUAUGUCAAAACAGUUUUAUAUAAAAUUAGUAUUAUCACUAAAGUUUUCAAUCAAAAAUUAAUUUUUUUAAUAUUUAAUUUCGAAAUGGAAUCAAUUUUAUAUUCCAAUUUAAAGGGGAGGAGUGAGACAACCUUAUUAACGAAGCCAUUAUUCCACCGUAUACUCCAGACUUAGGAGAUAGCUCUGAAGAUAUAGAAAAUAACGGAGGUCACGUUUACAUGUGGGACGCUCCAUUAGAUAAUGAAAGUCAAGGUACUGAAGAAUCGCUUCCUGACGUUUCUGACGCCGAUUUAGAAGCGUAUAAAAAGAGCAUCCCUCAAAAUUGGGAUGAAAAUUUUUAG